CUUCGUUUACAAUAAAGGCCAUAGCUAGCUAGUGGAUUCUGCUCUUGACUUGUCUCAAGUCGGCAAAGAAGUCAAGUGAUGAUAUCAUCUAAAGAUAUUCCAAGCCUCGACACUGACGUCAUCCAAAACAAUUUUCCACAAACACUAGAUUCAUUCCAUGGAAAGUUUUUUUUUCCACAAGCAUGAUUUACAGUUCAAUGCUGUAGAUCCUGACGAACCAACAAGGGGUCUAGUCACUACUCUCGCUUCUCGAUAAACCCACUUCUUUCUCCCCAACUCCAUAUCCAUACAAGAUUAUCAAAAUUCCAGCACUUCUACCGUCCUCCAAAAUGAAGUUCAAAACCGUUUCUAUAUUUUCCUUCUCUUUUAUUGCUCUCUACUUCACUGUGGCCACUGCUGCCAUUAUUAACAUUCGAAACAACUGUCCCUACACGGUCUGGGCUGCAGCCGUGCCCGGUGGUGGCAGGCAGCUGGACAGAGGUGGAGUCUGGGACCUAAACGUGAACCCUGGCACCACAGGAGCUCGUGUCUGGGCUCGAACCAAGUGCCAAUUCGAUGGUGUCGGGCGUGGCAGAUGCGAAACCGGUGACUGUGGGGGGCUCCUCCAGUGCCAGGCCUAUGGUGCACCCCCCAACACCCUGGUUGAAUACGCAAUAAACCAGUUCAAUAGCUUGGAUUUCUUCGAUAUCUCUUUAGUUGAUGGAUUUAAUGUUCCUGUGGACUUUAGUCCAGCUUCUGGGGGGUGCACCCGGAGUAUUAGAUGCACGGCAGAUAUCAUAGGGCAGUGCCCUCAUCAAUUGAAAGCUCCGGGUGGGUGCAAUAACCCUUGCACCGUUUUCAAGACUGAUCAGUAUUGUUGCGUGUCUGGGAACUGUGGUCCUACGGAUUUUUCCAGGUUCUUCAAGACAAGGUGCCCCGACGCUUACAGUUACCCUAAAGAUGAUCAAACAAGCAUGUUUACUUGCCCUGGUGGGACUAACUACAGGGUUGUGUUCUGCCCUUGAAAUGUAAUUGCCUUGUGCUUUAUGUACUUGCCGUAAUUAACGGGACAGAGCCAAUUAAUAAAAGGCUAAAGUCAAUAUAGUACAAAGUUUAUCUUUAGGAACUGCAUGAUGUCAAAGUAAAAAUUGCAAAAAUCUCAACCAAAUUGCCCAACGAAAGGUCAUGUUUCCAAACA